GUCCAAGCUGAAGAGAGACUCCUGAGGACCCUUUUGAUCCACUAUAACAAGCUCUCCCGCCCGGUAGCCAACGUAUCCGAAGUGGUGCUGGUGCACUUUGGACUGUCCAUUGCCCAGCUCGUCGAUGUGGAUGAGAAAAAUCAGAUGAUGACUACUAAUGUGUGGAUGAAGCAUGAGUGGAAUGACUACAGAUUGCAGUGGAACCCUCAGAAAUACAACAAUAUCACCUCCAUUCGCAUCCCAUCUGAGCUCAUCUGGAGGCCAGAUAUUGUUCUUUAUAAUAAUGCUGAUGGAGACUUUGCUGUGACUCAUCUGACUAAGGCACAUCUGUUUCAUGAUGGCAAGAUCAAAUGGUCACCUCCAGCCAUCUACAAGAGCUCCUGCAGCAUAGAUGUCACCUUCUUUCCCUUUGACCAGCAGAACUGUACUAUGAAGUUUGGCUCAUGGACAUAUGACCAGGCCAAAAUUGAUCUCGUGAACACGGCCCAUCAUGUUGACCAGAUGGACUUCUGGGAGAGUGGGGAGUGGGUUAUUUUGCAUGCUGUAGGAACCUACAACACCAAGAAAUACAAGUGCUGCACUGAGAUUUACCCUGACAUCACGUAUUCCUUUGUCAUCAGAAGAUUGCCACUGUUCUACACCAUCAACCUGAUAAUACCCUGUUUGCUGAUUGCCUGCCUGACAGUCCUGGUGUUUUAUCUGCCAUCAGAUUGCGGGGAGAAGAUCACACUUUGUAUCUCAGUCUUGCUAUCCUUGACUGUCUUCCUUCUUCUAAUCACAGAGAUCAUCCCUUCAACUUCUCUGGUUAUUCCUCUGAUUGGAGAGUACCUACUGUUUAUUAUGAUCUUUGUCACCCUAUCUAUCAUCAUCACCAUCUUUGUCCUCAAUGUUCACCAUCGUUCACCUCACACACACACCAUGCCGCACUGGAUCAGGGUGGUCUUCCUCAGCCUUAUUCCACGCUUUUUGUUCAUGAAGCGCCCCUCCACCAUAAAGGGAAACUGCAUGAAGCUCAUCAAAAUGAUGCACAAGAAAGUAAGUUCUCCAUCCAUCUGGGCAGAGAUGGAGACUGCAAACAAUUUCCAAAACACACCAGUGGACAACCAGAACAAUCCUGCAAAUACUCCUUCUCCACCUCAACACUGCACUUCAGAAGGUCACGUGAAAAAAACACAACUGCUUAGCAAGUCUACAUUUGGUCAGUGCUCUACUCACCAACUACCCACCCAGGGACAGUCAUGGGCACCACCCAAAAUGCGCUCCUUCAGUGUGCAAUACACCCUAGCUGAGACAGAGGUGCCCCACAGCAAAACCCGCUGCCGUUCCCAUAGUAUGCAAUACUGCUGCCUUCAUGAGGAGCCCCGGGCAAGAGAGGGGUUGUACAGUGGCAAGCGUCCUGUUCUUCAGCACUGCUCCAUCAUCAAGGAGACCUCCAGUGGCAGCCUGGGCCUAUGCGAGCACAAGUUACUUCCAGAGCCUUUUUUGCACUCUGCCAAGCACUCCAAGGUGCCAGUCACCACGGAAGAGGACCCUCUGACAUCAACGUCAUUGAAGCAAGCCGCUGAGGCCAUGGAGUACAUCGCAGAUCAUCUCAGAGCAGAAGACACAGACUCUUCUGUGAAGGAAGAAUGGAAGUACGUGGCAAUGGUCAUAGACAGAAUAUUUCUUUGGUUGUUCAUACUGGUGUGCAUUCUGGGAACUGUCGGACUCUUUCUUCCACCUUGGCUGGCAGGAAUAAUCUAG